AUGAACCGCUCGUCUGCUUCCACUUACUCGGCCAUCUCCAAGCACUCAAUACCGCCGCCUGGUUCCGUCCUUACCGGCAAACAAGAGCACUACCUGAAGCGCGAACUCAUCUCCCAACAGACUGAAUGGGAAAUCUCGGAGCUGGCCUCGGAGACUGCUCUGCAACGCUUCGGUGCCCCCUUCAAAUCAGAUGCUGGUGAGGUCGCUCCGGAGGACUCGGAGCUGCCCUUGCUGCGCUAUAUGUUCGUUCACCAUGUUCGCAACUUCCCCUUCCUGGACCGAGCAAGAGAGAAGGAGUUUUGGCAGGACAAGCUACAGACGUUCCUCGAAUCCUUCGCAACCAAACGCAUAUCUUCAUCUGAAGACCGCCUAGAAGAGACAAAACGCCGCAAGCUCGCCAUAAAGGCUCAGAAGCUAGUCGAACUAAUGAUGGUAUCUGGACUGCCCACUGCAUCUGGUUACGAAGAGCGCAUCCGCUUCUCGGAGAUGGAAGUCGUCGAUCGACAAGCCAACGAGGAGGGUCUCGCUUUAAAUGUACCGGAAGGUCACCAAAUAAACGGCUGGGAUGUCAAUGUUGCAUCCGUCCGAACAACAAGUGUUAAGAGGCAUGUACGCCAUCAUGCCCACGCCGAGUUUCUGCUCCGCGUCAAGCGUCAGGGCAAGCCCGAGAUCUACGUCGGAAGACGAUACAGCGAAUUCGCUCAAAUGCACAAGAGACUACGUCUAGAGCUUCCAGGAAAGGUUUUACCGCCACUACCUCGCAAGAACCAUUCAAAUUCGCUAUACAGCAGGGAUGAUGACGAUGACGAUUCCAUCUCUUCUGUCUCCACUCAAGACGUGAAAGAAUCUACGCUCACACUGGAUGAGCCUGCACCGGCUAGCAGUGGUUUCCGCAGCUACCUUCCUAACCCCUUUGGUGGUGGUCAUCGUCGUACUGCCUCAAGGUCGUCGCAAACCGCUUCGCCCCGUGCUUCCAUGGAUGCUUCGUCGACAACCCGCUUCGGCCGCAAAUCAGGAGACUACGGUAGAGAUCACUCACCACCGAAAGUGUUAUACCGAGAAGAACAACGUGUUUCAUUAAGAGCUUUCUUGCGAAAUUUCUUGCAGAACGAGAGCAUUGCCCAAAGUAAAGCUAUGAGCGAAUUCCUAACCGGUAAUGUCAUCAGAAUCAAUGAAGAAGAGAUGGAGGAUGUCAAGCGGCGUGUCGAGAUGGAUGAGAAGCGCAUCGAAGAACAACGACGAUUCUACGAGAUUGCUCGCCAGAGAGCUAGGGAGCUUGACGUUCACAUGGAAAAGUUCAGAAGAGACGUUGUCGAGAGUAAUGGUCUGACAAAACUAUUCGCCGAGAUCAAGCAAAAGAACACCAUCGCAGAGCUAUCUCCUGAGUACAAGAAGUUUGCCGAGUGGCUACGAAUUGAGGUGGCAGCCGUGAUCUACCACUUAUUCCUGGCCGAGGACAACAGCCCCGAAUUAUUCGCUCAAGCAAAACGCAUCCAUUCAUUAAUACCAUACACGGCCCUGAAGCAGGUCAUUCGCUUUGCAAACCCAGCUGCCGUCAUGGCUGGUGUGCUCGACCUGUUCCUUGCUCAACCUUUCGGCGCAAAGUCUUUACUGCAACGCAUAUUCUCAUUGGCCUUGGGCGACAGUAUCAAGACUGUCCAAAAGAGCAUAGACGGACUUGCCGUCAAGAUCAACGAGCCAGUGUUCUGCGAGAAGAUCAAGAACUACAAUCUGUGUGAUCAAGAUCUCAAAGAUGCUAUCCGAAGAGAAGCUGCCGAAGACGACAUUGACUUGCUCGUGGCAGUUUUGCGCAGUGAAGACAUCAAACCAGAACUGAAACCCGAUGAGAUUGGAAGGGCGUUCAAUGCAUACGUCGCAUGGAACAGUGCAGUCGAGAACAUUGACGAAGAGCUGAGAUCGGGUGCCGAGACAUUCGCUCACCUCAAACAAUUGCUAAAGCUCUACACUCGUCAAAGAGACAAGACUAUGAUGUUGCGAAUGAUCGAAGAGCCUACAACUCUGCAACUCUUCCGCGAUCUCUUCACAAUCUUCUACGAGCCUCUCGUCAGAGUCUACAAAUCAGCAAACGUCUACAACAGCAUCAGCGAUUUCGCACGCUUCAUGGACGACAUGAUUUCUGUGGUAGAGAAAUGCCAACGGCAAGACGUAUCCGCCGACCCCAACCAGACGGUCCAGGCAUUCAUCGACCUAUGUGCAAGACAUGAAGACUCGUUCUACAAGUUUGUACACGAAGUGCAUCUUCACGACAACGGCCUAUUCGAUCAACUUAUGGGAUGGAUAGAAGGCAUCCUCUCGUUCCUCCGCACAGGUCCUCGUGGUGGCGGCAAGUUGGAUAUGAACGCCCUCUUCCAAGGUGCGGUCGAGAUGCGACAAAUAGACCAAGAUGCUGCAGUACGCGAGAUAAACUCUCUCAUCAAGUGGCAAGAAAAGCGCAAGAAGUGGCAUCAAGACAAGACACGUCAGAAGAUGGCCACGGGCGAUGCACCCAACGGUAUGCCUGAUACCGGCGCCUCUGAUUUGAUCAAAACUUUCAAGCCCGACGAUUUUGGCCUCAAUGCCUUGGACAUUCAAGAUCUCAAUGACGACGAAGACGAGUACAGCUCUACAGACGAGGACGAGGAAGAUGCCGAUCCCAUCGCAGCGGAAAGGAAGCGUAGAGCAAGACGACAAGACUUCCUCAGGAGGAGUGCUGGUGAGCCUGUCAAGCCUGAUAUUGUCGAAGUCACAAAGAUGCGCGACGGUUUCUUGGCCAUGCUGAGGAUGGUGCUGGCGGAGUGA